AUGUUAAGUGGUAUCUCCCCGCUACCGGCUCUCGCCAGGAUGUCUUGGGUCCUGCUGACUGUUCUUUGGCUCAUCCUUCAAACUCAAGCCAGAACUGUAAAGCAAAGCCCUGAAUUCAAGCUCCAUGAGCUAGUUCACCCUAAAAAACUACACAUGGCCUACCAGAGGGAGCUUGAGAGCAGCCGGAAGGAAAGGAAUGGCAAACAGGGAAGAUGUGUGCCUAACGUUCACUACCAAAUUACCUUAAGUGGAGAAGAAAUUAUCCUUCACCUUCAAAACCCCAAGUUUCUCCUGGGGUCAGAUGGCACUGAAACGAAAUUCUCAUCCAGAGCAGAGAAUGUCACCAGCAGCCCACAGAAGAGGAGGCACUGUCACUAUGAAGGUCACAUCCUAAAUGAAAAGAACUCUGCAGCCAGCAUAAGUACCGGUGAUGGGCUGAGAGGAGACUUCACCUACCACGGUCAAAGGCACGUAAUAAAGCCUCUAGAAAGUACAGACCAGGGAGAACACGCUGUCUUUGCAUAUGACCGCAAGGAGCUGGACACUGUUUGUGUUAAUCCUACCUGCGGAGUGAAUGGCAUGGGCAGAAAACAAAGGCAUAGUCGACUCUCCAGGUCCCUGGGAGGCCUAGAGCAGGAAGAGUUUCUCCAGGCGCAGAAGUACAUCAGUCUCUUCUUGGUGCUGGAUAACGCCUUUUAUAAGACGUAUAAUGGUAACCUGACUCAGAUGAAAACCUUCGUGUUUAAUGUCUUGAACCUUCUGAAUGUGAUUUAUAAUACGAUAGAUGUUCACGUGGCCCUGGUAGGGAUGGAAAUCUGGUCCGACGGCGACAAGAUAAAGGUGGAACCCAGGAUAGGCACCACAUUUAGCAACUUUAUGAGAUGGCACCGAUCUCACCGAUCUCACAAGAGGAUCCACAGCCACGCUCAGCUUCUCAGUGGGAUUGGCUUCAGGAAUGGGCGCGUAGGAAUGGUGGCCUCCAAUUCCCUGUGUUCUCCAUCUUCAGUGGCUGUUAUCGAGGCUAAGAAGAACAAUGUAAGCCUGGCGGCGGUGAUGUCCCAUGAAUUGGGACAUGCCCUGGGCAUGCCUGACAUCCCAUACUUCACCAAGUGUCCCUCUGGCAGCUGUGCUAUGAAUCAGUAUCUCAGCUCAAAAUUCCCAAAGGAUUUCAGUACUUCCUGCCGGGAACAUUUCCGAAGAUACCUUCUAGCUCAGAAACCGAAGUGCCUGCUACAAGCACCUAGUCCGAAAAGUAUGAUCACUCCUCCGGUGUGUGGCAACCACUUUCUGGAAGUGGGAGAAGGCUGCGACUGUGGCCCCCCUAAGGUAUGCUCUGAUAGCUGCUGUGACCCCCUGACCUGCAGAAGAAAACUGGGACCUGGGUGUGGGGAGUCCCCCCCACAACUGACAGUGUGA